GGGUCCGCGCCCGUCCCCCCUCUCCCCGCCCACCUCGAGCCUGCAGGAGAGGGGACCCCGAGGGCCCAGAGGCACCGGACCUCCUCACCCGGCAGGCCGCUCUCCUCGGUGCGGACAGCACAGGGAGGAGGGGGAAGCGGCUCUGCCGGGAACAGGGAGGGACCUCCAGGGAAGCGAAACUGAAACUUUGCGCCCAGUCGGCAGGGCGGGCCGCGCCUUUACGGCCCAGCUGCCUCCCGGAGCCCCCGCGCCCUCCCGACGCGCAGAGCCAUGGCCUCCCACCUGCGCCCGCCGUCCCCGCUCCUCGUGCGGGUGUACAAGUCCGGCCCCCGAGUACGAAGGAAGCUGGAGAGCUACUUCCAGAGCUCUAAGUCCUCGGGCGGCGGGGAGUGCACGGUCAGCACCCAGGAACACGAGGCCCCGGGCACCUUCCGGGUGGAGUUCAGUGAAAGGGCAGCUAAGGAGAGAGUGUUGAAAAAAGGAGAGCACCAAAUACUUGUUGACGAAAAACCUGUGCCCAUUUUCCUGGUACCCACUGAAAAUUCAAUAAAGAAGAACACGAGACCUCAAAUUUCUUCACUGACACAAUCACAAGCAGAAACACCGUCUGGUGAUAUGCAUCAACAUGAAGGACAUAUUCCUAAUGCUGUGGAUUCCUGUCUCCAAAAGAUCUUUCUUACUGUAACAGCUGACCUGAACUGUAACCUGUUCUCCAAAGAGCAGAGGGCAUACAUAACCACACUGUGCCCUAGUAUCAGAAAAAUGGAAGGUCACGAUGGAAUUGAGAAGGUGUGUGGUGACUUCCAAGACAUUGAAAGAAUACAUCAAUUUUUGAGUGAGCAGUUCCUGGAAAGUGAGCAGAAACAACAAUUUUCCCCUUCAAUGACAGAGAGGAAGCCACUCAGUCAGCAGGAGAGGGACAGCUGCAUUUCUCCUUCUGAACCAGAAACCAAGGCAGAACAAAAAAGCAACUAUUUUGAAGUUCCCUUGCCUUACUUCGAAUACUUUAAAUAUAUCUGUCCUGAUAAAAUCAACUCAAUAGAGAAAAGAUUUGGUGUAAACAUUGAAAUCCAGGAGAGUUCUCCAAAUAUGGUCUGUUUAGAUUUCACCUCAAGUCAAUCAGGUGACCUGGAAGCAGCUCGUGAGUCUUUUGCUAGUGAAUUUCAGAAGAACACAGAACCUCUGAAGCAAGAAUGUGUCUCUUUAGCAGACAGUAAGCAGGCAAAUAAAUUCAAACAGGAAUUGAAUCACCAGUUUACAAAGCUCCUUAUAAAGGAGAAAGGAGGCGAAUUAACUCUCCUUGGGACCCAAGAUGACAUUUCAGCUGCCAAACAAAAAAUCUCUGAAGCUUUUGUCAAGAUACCUGUGAAACUAUUUGCUGCCAAUUACAUGAUGAAUGUAAUUGAGGUUGAUAGUGCCCACUAUAAACUUUUAGAAACUGAAUUACUACAGGAGAUAUCAGAGAUCGAAAAAAGGUAUGACAUUUGCAGCAAGGUUUCUGAGAAAGGUCAGAAAACCUGCAUUCUGUUUGAAUCCAAGGACAAGCAGGUAGAUCUAUCUAUGCAUGCUUAUGCAAGUUUCAUCGAUGCCUUUCAACAUGCCUCAUGUCAGUUGAUGAGAGAAGUUCUUUUACUGAAAUCUUUGGGCAAGGAGAGAAAGCACUUACAUCAGACCAAGUUUGCUGAUGACUUUAGAAGAAGACAUCCAAAUGUACACUUUGUGCUAAAUCAAGAGUCAAUGACUUUGACUGGUUUGCCAAAUCACCUUGCAAAGGCGAAGCAGUAUGUUCUAAAAGGAGGAGGAAUGUCUUCAUUGGCUGGAAAGAAAUUGAAAGAGGGUCAUGAAACACCGACGGACAUUGAUAGCGAUGAUUCCAAAGCAGCUUCUCCGCCACUCAAGGGCUCUGUGAGUUCUGAGGCCUCAGAACUGGACAAGAAGGAAAAGGGCAUCUGUGUCAUCUGUAUGGACACCAUUAGUAACAAAAAAGUGCUACCAAAGUGCAAGCAUGAAUUCUGCGCCCCUUGUAUCAACAAAGCCAUGUCAUAUAAGCCAAUCUGUCCCACAUGCCAGACUUCCUAUGGUAUUCAGAAAGGAAAUCAGCCAGAGGGAAGCAUGGUUUUCACUGUUUCAAGAGACUCACUUCCAGGUUAUGAGUCCUUUGGCACCAUUGUGAUUACUUAUUCUAUGAAAGCAGGCAUACAAACAGAAGAACACCCAAACCCAGGAAAGAGAUACCCUGGAAUACUGCGAACUGCAUACUUGCCUGAUAAUAAGGAAGGAAGGAAGGUUUUGAAACUGCUUUGUAGGGCCUUUGACCAAAAGCUGAUUUUUACAGUGGGGUACUCUCGCGUAUUAGGAGUCUCAGAUGUCAUCACUUGGAAUGAUAUUCACCACAAAACAUCCCGGUUUGGAGGACCAGAAAUGUAUGGCUAUCCUGAUCCUUCUUACCUGAAACGUGUCAAAGAGGAGCUGAAAGCCAAAGGAAUUGAGUAAGAAAACUGCUGGAAGAUGUCUUAAAUCAAGCUUUCAAAAAAAUAUAUUUUAGGAGGCUGAUUUAAUGCCAGUCUAAAUCCUUAUGUAGAAAGGACUUUGAAAUUUUUCUUCUCAAGAAAUGGUUUGUAUAAGAAUAACAAUCUGCUAGUCUGUCAUUUCUGGAGUGAUACUUUUUUUUUUGAGACGGAGUCUGCUCUGUCGCUCGCGCUGGAGUGCAGUGGCAUGAUCUCGGCUCACUGCAAGCUCCGCCUCCCAGGUUCACGCCAUUCUCCUACCUCAGCCUCUCGAGUAGCUGGGACUACAGGCGCCCACCACCAUGCCCGGCUAAUUUUUGUUUUUGCAUUUUUAGUAGAGACAGGGUUUCACUGUGUUAGCCAGGAUGGUCUCGAUCUCCUGACCUCGUGAUCCGCCCGCCUCGGCCUUCCAAAGUGUUGGGAUUAUAGGCGUGAGCCACCGCGCCCAGCCCUGGAGUGAUACUUUUUAUGGAAGACAAAAGCCCCCCAAAUCUGUGUAAAAUCUGCUGCAAAGGUGUCAUCCCUCUUGUGUCAUCACUGGGGUUAGAGGUGGGUCUGAAAUCAUCUUCUGUGUCCUUCAGUUGGACUCUCAGCUGCCAAUUGAUCUCUUUUUCAUUGCCAUCUCUGGGGUGGUUCUUUGGUUUUUUGUGUGUUUUCCCCUUCAUCUCUACCUGUGAAAGUGAAAUUCUAUUGUAAAUGGGAGGAAAAAGGGUUGGUUGUGAAAAAUUAAAGACCCAUAUUCUGCUUUCUUACUCAUGGUAAGAAAAGUGGCCAUCAGUAGAGAUUGGGCAAGCAUUGGUAAUAAAUGGAAUAAGACUAUUAUUAUUAUUAUUUGAGAUGGAGUCUCGCUCUGUCACCCAGGCUGGAAUGCAGUGGUGUGAUCUUGGCUCACUGCAACCUCCACUUCCCGGGUUCAAGCGAUUCUCCUGCCUCAGCCUCCUGAGUAGCUGGGAUUACAGGUGUGUGCCUCCACACCCGGCUAAUUUUUUGUAUUUUUAGUAGAGACGGGGUUUUGCCAUGUUGGCCAGGCUGGAUUCAAACUCCUGAGCUCAAACGAUCCUCCUGCCUUGGCCUCCCAAAGUGCUGGAAUUACAGGCAUAAGCCACCACACCCACCCAAGACUAUCAUUUUUAAUGACCAAGAGCCUAGUAUAUAGUUGGUGCCUGUCUUAGUCUGUUUGUGUUGCUAUAAAAGAACACCUGAGACUGGGUAAUUGAUAAAGAAAAAGGUUUGUUUGGCUCACAAUUUUGCUGGCUAGAAGGUUGGGCAUCCGGUGAAAGCCUCAGGCUGCUUCCAUUCAUAGCAAAGGGCAGCCAGUGUGUGCAGAAAUCAAAUGACAGAGAGGAAGUGAGAGAGAGGUGUGGGGGAGGUGCCAGGCUCUUUUUAACAAGCAGUUCUUCAGGAACUAAGAGUGAGUCACUCCCAUGAGAACAGCACCAAGCCAUUCAUGGGGGAAUCUGCCCCCAUGACCCAGACCCCUCCCGUUAGGCUUCACCUCCAACACUGAGGAUCAAAUUUCAACAUGAGAUUUGGAGGAGGUCAAACAAACUAAACUAUAGCAGUGUUUCAUAAAAUUGUUUGCCUGACUCAGGUUGCUAGUAAGCCAGCAGAGGGAUAUUUGCCUCCUAAAUCUUUGGCAGAGGCAGGAGUAAGGAAGCCAUUUCUGGAGUCCUCGCUACUAAUUUGGAAAACUGAGCUUCUUUCUUUCAUUGCUUUUUCCCUUAAGAGACAAGUCCUUACUAUAUUGCCCUGUCUCUCAAGGGAAGACAUCAAGACUGGACUUGAACUCCUGGGCUCAAGCCAUCCCCCAACCUUGGCCUCUCGAGUAGAUGGGAUUAUAGGCACGUGCCACGGUGCCUGACUUGAGUUUCUUAUUCUAGAACACUUGGAGCCUGAACUCUGACCAGGCCCCUCACUUGAGCCUUUGCUUUCUGUUCCUUGUAAACUGCCAUAUUGGGUGCACUUGCCCUGCCACAGUAAUGCUACAUAUUUCUGAGCAUUGUUUUUCUCUAGAUAAUUUUAUAUUUUUGAGUAUACCCCACUUCCAAGUGUUUUUUGUUUUGUUUUGCUUUGUUUUUGUUGUUGUUGUUGUUUUGAGACAGGGUCUCACUGUGUCCCCCAGGCUGGAGUGCAGUGGCACAAUGACGACUCACUGCAGCCUCAACCUCCUGGGGCCAAGUGAUCCUCCCACCUCAGCCUCUCAAGUGGCUGGGACCACAGACGUGCACCACCAUGCCUGGCUUUUUUUUUUUUUUUUUUGGUCGAGAUGGGGUGUCCCUGUGUUGCCCAGACUGGUCUUGAACUCCUGGGCUCAAGGGAUCCUCCUGCCUUGGGCUCCCAAAGUGUUGGGAUUACAGGCGUGAGUGACCAUGCCUAGCUCACUUCCAGGUUUAACAGACAAAAUAAACUUACUCUAGUUUCCAUCUAUAUCAUUUUAUAAUAACCGUAGCCCACAUUGUAGUAGUUUUUCAGCUCUUUACUAAGUCCCACCAAUUCAUGUUUUCACCCUUAAAAUCUUUCUCACUGAUACUCUCUCUGGACAGAAAAAAGGUGAAAUAAGCCUACUAUAAGGAAUAUAUGACAUGCUAAAUUUUAUUUUUAAACGGUUCUUCAAGUCAGAUUAAAGUAAUAAUAGCAAAUUAUGUGAUUAUCCAUGUCCCAGCCUCUCUCCAAAAAAAUAGUAAACAAGAUGUCUUCUUCUUUUCCCAAAGAUACACAUACACACAUGCACAAAUUUUUUAUCAGAUAAUAAUAGCUAAUAUUUAAUGAGUACUUACCUUAGUUUGUCCCCUUUACAACAGCUUUACAUCUGUGUGAUUGAUACAGUUCAUAUUCCCAUUUUAUAACUGAGAAAACUGGUGCACAGAGAGGAUAAGCAACUUGCCAAAGGUCACACAGUUAAUAAGUGGAAAUGCUGGGAUAUGAACCAGGUAGUCUGCCCCCAUAGCUCUGCCCCCCAGAGCUGUACUGUCUCCCAUGAGGGUACUUCUCCAUGGAGCAGGCUGAGGCGAUCCCUUUAUUCUGGGCUUCUCUCAGAAAUGGAUUCCCACACAGUACUCAAGCAAAUUUCCCCAGAGGAAAUCCUAUUUGAAGAACUUAAAAACUCAGAAUCUUUUUCUUUGUCCAGAGAGUUGAGGAAGCUUAAGCUAAAUGAUACAUGUUCUUUAAAAAAAAUCAGAUUAUAAAUUUAGUUUUUGGUGAUUCAUUAAAUUCUUUACCAUUAUAGUUAUUUUCUAGCUAUUCAUCUUUUAGCUAAAUUUGUUCCAAAGAUGCAAAAGUUUGGUUUCUACUAAGUUCUGGAUUCUGGAUGGGAGAUUGCACUGUGUGUGACAUGCAAGUUUCAUGGUGUGGGAGAUUGCAGAGCAUUUGGGUUACUGCUUUUACUCUUUGGAAGCUGUUAUCAUCUGUAUCUGCUUUAAAUAAAGUUAAAGCUUUGGAACAAA